AUGGACAGCAGUACCUUUCCAGCCAAUUCCAGUGGCUGUUCUGACGCUUUCUCUCUCACUUCCAGUUGCUCCCCAACACCUCCAUCCGGUGCAUGGAUGAACUUGUCCCGCCUGGAUGGCAACCUGUCCGACCCGUGCAGCGGUCCCAACCGCACCGAUCUGGGGGUUGGGGGCGGCAGCCCGUGUCCACCGACUGGAAGUCCUUCCAUGGUCACCGCCAUCACCAUCAUGGCCCUUUAUUCAAUCGUGUGCGUUGUGGGGCUUUUUGGAAACUUCCUGGUUAUGUACGUGAUUAUCAGGUACACCAAGAUGAAGACAGCCACCAACAUCUACAUUUUCAAUUUAGCCCUCGCAGAUGCGCUAGCAACUAGCACACUGCCCUUCCAAAGUGUCAACUACUUGAUGGGCACCUGGCCCUUUGGCACAAUCCUUUGCAAGAUUGUAAUCUCCAUAGACUACUAUAACAUGUUCACCAGCAUCUUUACUCUCUGCACUAUGAGUGUCGAUCGCUACAUCGCCGUCUGCCACCCAGUCAAGGCCCUGGAUUUCCGUACUCCUCGAAAUGCCAAAAUUGUCAAUGUCUGCAACUGGAUACUUUCCUCAGCCAUAGGUCUGCCAGUCAUGUUCAUGGCAACCACAAAAUACAGGCAAGGUUCCAUUGAUUGCACACUCACAUUUUCCCAUCCAACUUGGUACUGGGAAAACCUGCUGAAGAUCUGUGUUUUCAUUUUUGCCUUCAUUAUGCCCGUCCUCAUCAUUACUGUGUGUUAUGGCCUGAUGAUCUUACGCCUCAAGAGUGUCCGCAUGCUGUCUGGCUCCAAAGAGAAGGAUAGAAACCUGAGAAGAAUCACCAGAAUGGUGUUGGUGGUAGUGGCCGUGUUCAUAGUCUGCUGGACCCCCAUUCACAUCUAUGUCAUCAUCAAAGCCUUGGUCACCAUCCCUGAAACUACUUUCCAGACUGUGUCCUGGCACUUCUGCAUUGCUCUAGGGUAUACAAACAGCUGCCUUAAUCCAGUCCUUUAUGCAUUCCUGGAUGAAAACUUCAAGAGAUGUUUCAGAGAGUUCUGCAUCCCUACUUCCUCCACCAUCGAGCAACAAAAUUCAACUCGAAUUCGCCAAAACACUCGGGACCACCCCUCCACUGCCAACACUGUGGAUAGGACUAACCAUCAGGUAUGA